CCCCCCUCGGCUUAUAACAACAUCCAGAAGACCGGGCUGCUUUGAAAACGGAGCCGACCGCUGCCAAGCGUUCGGCUGCGUGCGCUUUGUGCGACCGCUCGUCUUGGAUACGACCACGAGAGCACGAUCUGCGGAGCGGCUGGGGGUCUCCUACCGGAGCGAGCGCACGAUCGCCCGAGUUCAGUUGAAUGACGAACUCAACGAGAGCUCGAUGCCACACGUGGCUACGAAAUUUGCGCGCAAGAUGACUUCUCGGCAGAGAGCAAUUAAUUGAACGCGAAAGUUGCUAUUACUUUUGAUUGCGUAACCGACGUAUGCGUUGAUGCUGUGUUACAAAAAUCGCAUUCGUGGAGCGACAGCACAGUACGUAAUAGCGUAAUGUGAUACUUACAACAAAAAUCAUCUCACGUAAAAUUAGCUCCUCGAAGGAGGAGGGGGACACCGUCAUUUCACGCAAGGGAAAUCCACACCGAGCUUGACGGCACUUCGCCGAUGCCAGAAGUCAGAGAGAGGAGGCUCAGAAUUCUGCCCACGUGCAAGGCGAUGGGGAAGCCGGAGACGCGAGUCGCGGUGCAGAGCGAACCUCGGACCCACGACCUCCAGGGAACAGGACCCGCUCACCCUGGGGCCACGGGGUACACGCGGGCCGCCCACCCCCGUGGCCACGAGCUCACGGAGCGGCGAUGCAAGCUGGAGCCGACGUCGUCCUGCGGACAGCUGCCAGGUGGCCAGAGCGUGGGAGCACAGCAACUGGGGCCCCUGCAGAGAUUUCGCCGGGCAGCGAGAGUCGUGGUGCUUCUGCAUCGCCUCCUCGGGGCCCACUCGCUCACGGCUCCGCGUGGCUACACCGUGGAGAGGGGGAUCGCCGCGGGCUCCGGCGCACAGCGAGGCGAUGGGGCCGACAUUCUCUUUGACGUCUCAACGUUCAAAGCAAAGCAGCAGGACGCGCUGCCGUGCCGCGCUCGCCGCCUGCUCGCCGAGCCGCGCCACGGCGGGCGCACGGACCGCGAAGUCCGCCUCCUCGUGUGGGCUCUGCGCCCCGUGCCCGCCCUGCGAUGCCUCUCGGGCGCUCAGCAGCGCCGCGUGGCGCGCGCCGCGUGGCUCGCGCGGUACCCAUCCAAGCGAGUUCUGGUGCAACAAGGACAGAUGCCACAAAUAUUCUACAUUUGCCUCUCUGGAUCAGCCAUCGUCACCGUGCGGGACUCGGAGACUGGGGUCGUAAGACCCGUCUGGUUCCUGAGCCAAGGAGACAAGUUCGGGGAAAAGGAAAUUGUAGGGUGGCUUAAAUUGGCAGUGCACGGUGAUCAUCGAGGAGAGCGCGGAGUUUCUGUGCCUCUUCAAGGAGGACUUCGAGAAGAUCUUCCUGUCCGGCUCCAGCCGCACUGUGAGCGAUCCAGAUCAGCACGCCUUCCUCAGCUCCCUCGGAUUUCUCAAGGGCUGGCCAAUCCACCUCUUGCAAGAGAAACCUGGGAGAUGCCUCGUCAGCCACCACAGGAGAGGCUCCGUGAUUACAAAAGACAGCAGCAAGGAAGACUGGAUCUACAUCAUAAGAUCGGGUAGCUGCUCUGUGCUGAAGGAAUGCCGGUUGGGAGGAGACGAGAGAGGCAUGGAGCCCGUGACCGACUCCUCUCGGCGAGCCCGAGGUGCCGAAGAGGGCUGCAAGAGGCGGACUCUCCUCUCGUCCAAACACUGCCG